UGCGCAUGCUCGAAUUGACUCAAUGUACUAAGCGAAACUGAGGGAAAGAACACCGUGGACUCUGCGGCUCGCUGUUUACUUAACUAGCUAGCAGUAGCUAACGUGUUUCUUACAUGCAUUGCCGGCCUAGCUGAACAAGACAGUUAUUGUUUUUAGACCGAAAAGUAGUCAGCUGUUAAACCAUGACGGAGCCACAGUCUGCACUGUUACUUAGGAGACAGCUAGCAGAACUGAAUAAAAACCCCGUGGAAGGUUUCUCGGCCGGUUUAAUAGAUGACAAUGACCUUUACCGAUGGGAAGUACUAAUAAUUGGUCCUCCUGAUACGCUUUAUGAGGGAGGAGUGUUUAAAGCACAUCUCACAUUCCCAAAAGAUUAUCCACUCCGACCCCCAAAAAUGAAGUUUAUUACGGAAAUUUGGCACCCUAAUGUUGACAAGAGUGGUGACGUAUGUAUUUCUAUUUUGCACGAGCCCGGAGAGGAUAAGUAUGGCUAUGAGAAGCCCGAGGAACGCUGGCUCCCUAUCCAUACGGUGGAGACCAUCAUGAUUAGCGUCAUUUCCAUGUUAGCCGAUCCUAACGGAGACUCCCCUGCUAACGUAGAUGCAGCAAAAGAGUGGAGGGAAGACCGAAAUGGAGAAUUCAAAAGGAAAGUUGCUCGUUGUGUAAGAAGGAGCCAAGAGACUGCGUUUGAGUGACGUUCGUCCAGCGGCUUGUAGCUUCACCUCACUUUUCAGGGUCUCCUGUUGGGAAACGGCACGGCACUCUUUCACUCCACGCUGCUGCUGCCGGUCUGGUCCUCACCGAACACCCGGCGGGCACAGGGCGGCAGAGCAGUCCGCGGUGGAUUAAUGGCAGUCACGGUCGCUGACAGAGAAACUGAGAAAGUGCCAACCCUUAAAAAAAAACAAAAAAAAAAAACUGGGAAAAAAAAAAAGAUUCUGAAGUCUAAUGAACUGCUUCAACUUUCAGGAAGAAUUGUAAAGACCUGUACAUAGCACAAACAUUAAACUGGAUAAUAUAUAAACCGUUCAUAUCCAUCCUUGAACACACACAGUACCAAAUGAGCAUUGCUUCUGUAGGUGGAAUAUGAAUCCUGUAAACUCCUGCCCCUGUUUAUUUUAUUUAUCCCCCCCCCCGUCCUUGUGUGCUUUUGCGGGCUCCUUUGAGAGCAGGCCACGGUAAAGGGUGAUAGUUGAAACAGGGUCUGGUUUAACUUCAGCGUCUAGCAUUUAUAACUAAUUGGUUACGAAAUAACACGAGGUAAAAAAAUGCGUCACCUCUCUGGAAUUUUAAAGGUUUUUUUUUUUUAGGGUGCAGGCAUCUCAAAGCCGUGCCGUUGUCAUGUUGGGUCCCUUCUUGCUUUCACCCCCUCAGGAAGAAAAAAAAAAAAAAAAAAGACCGUAAAACCAGGAAAGUAGACAUUUUAGAAAUUAUUUUGUUUUCUUUACGCAAGGCGACCAUGCUUCGAUAGUGCUGUUUUUCCUGCAUACCAUGGUGGGUCAUGCUUCGUUUUGUCACUGGGUUGAAUUCGCAUCAUGGAUCAAAGUUUCGGCCGAGGGUGUUGCAUGUGCAAAAGCGUUUUUUUUUUUUUUUCUCUCUCCUUUUCUUUUUGGUUGAAGACUUGGUUUUACCAUUUUUUCAAAAGUGCCUCCUAGUAAAUUCAAUGGAAGUAAGUACAUCCUGCAUUACACGAGUUCAGGGCAAAAAGAAUGGAUCGGUUGCUAGGCACCCGUGACAUGCCUCUUCCCCCUUAUAUACCCUUUGUCCAAUAAUGAUAAUAAACAGUGCUUAUAAUAUUCAUAACAAUUUGGUGUAGCAAUAACUUUAUUUUCCUUUAGUGGAUGGUGAACCCUUGGAGGUUUGUUUUCAGUGUUACGGUGAGAAUUCUGGCCACCCGAAGCUCACUAAUUGACGCAACUUGUUACAACUUGUUUUGUGGUGUUUUAGGUAGGCCUCAUUCAGCAUGCUUUACUUGUAGGUCUUCAUGUCUCCUGCAUUUUGAUACUCGUUGAGUUUGUGUUGGCGUGAGUGCUUGUGGGUGUGCUUGUGUGUGCGUGCGUGUGUGUGUGCAUAUGUGUGCGCACCUGUUGUAUGUCCCCUGUGUGCAAGUGUGAUCUCCCUCCUCUUUUUUUUUUUUUUUGAUUUAUUUUAUUUUGGCUUGGAUGGACGACUGCGGUUUUUCUUGCCUAAUGUACAAAGACAAAAAUGCUGAUGUAUAUUUUUCAUGUAAUGGAGAUUGUCACCUUCUGUAGUGAGUUCUUCCAAAAUAUAAUUUGUUUUCCAAUAA